AUGCAAGGCAAAUGCCCUACAAGCCACAUCCUCACUUCCUCCCCGACUACUUCCUUUGGCCAGACCACAGGGGCUGAUGUUGCCACCCGGGACUGGGAGAAGGAGGUGGAGAAAGAGGAAAAAAAAACAAAGGAAACUGCAGGAGCGUCUGUGGGGAAGGGGACUGGGACCCCCAAAUCUCCCAGAGCUCCGCUGGGCCUAAGAAGGAAGGGCUGGGAGGAAAGUUCUGUGGGACUCAAGGUUCCAUUGCACCCACUACUGACCAGGUGGGCUCUGUGGUUCUCCAAGAAUGAUAGAAGCCGAGCCUGGCGUGACAGUCUGCAGCUCAUCACCAAGAUUGACACAGUGGAGGAUUUCUGGGCAGUAUACAGCAACAUCAAGCUGGCCAGCAGGCUGUCCACAGGCUGUGACUACGCCCUGUUCAGGGAUGGCAUUGAACCCAUGUGGGAAGACAGCAUGAACAAGAAGGGUGGACGCUGGCUGGUUUGCCUGGCCAGGCAACAACGGCACACAGAUCUGGACCGCCUGUGGCUGGAGACACUGCUGUGUCUGAUUGGAGAAAGCUUUGCAGAGCAUGGACCGGAAGUGUGUGGGGCUGUUAUCAAUAUCCGCACCAAGAGGGACAAGAUUGCUGUGUGGACCAAGGAGGCAGAGAACCAGGAGGGUGUCCUACAUAUUGGGCGUAUCUACAAAGAACGUCUGAGGCUCUCCUCCACGGCCAUCAUUGGGUACCAGGCUCAUGUAGACACAGCUGUGAAGAGCAGCUUCUUACCCAAGAACAAAUUCAUGGUGUGAGGGAUCCGGAGGGUGCUGGUUGCACCACCAUCUUUGGGCAGAAUUCAUUCUUUCCUCUCCUGAGAUGAAGACACAAACUUUUGUUAUUGUCGGACUUUGCUACACCCAGCAGA